AUGGUCGACUCAGUGCGCACAGUGAUAUGGCUUGUUUGCUUUGCCACUCCCCAGGUGUUUUAUGAUGUCUUUGUUGAAGAGCGUGGAAAGCUUCCUAUAUACAACAAAUCGUUGUCAGCCUUUAAUACUGACUGUUUGGUGCAGUGCACACACACCAUAUGCUCAAGAUCACUCAAAGAAACUGACAUUCACGGGCUCGAGGCCAUCUACAUCUACUACAGCAAAUCAAUGUCUGAUUUGUUCCCUGAAGCAAACAUCCAACCGAGCCAUCAUUCCGCUCUUCGCAUUCCCGAACACCUACGUAAAGGACCUGGGGACCUCUGCUAUCUGUUCCAGAGUUUGCGGGCAAGAGGCGUAUUGGCUCCUCACCUAAAGAUUCGCACAACUCAGAUCGGUUCAUUCCUCAGACAAGAUGAAGACAAUGCGAGGGUCACAAUUUUGAAGCCAGAUAACUGCAUAUAUACUGAGGCCAGGCAGUGGAAAGAAAACCGACGUGCCCUGGUUCAGUGUAUGUAUCUAUUAUAA